AUGGCCGAUCUUCUCCAUCGCCUCGAAACCGGUCUUCACCGUGCAGCAGGUGCUAGUGAACGUUUAAGAUCACAAGUCGAUCGCAUAGACGGAUACAUGCGCAAUUCCCGCCUCGUUAAUCUUCCAGUUGCCCCUCCGCCCCCGAAUGGCAGUGCCAUCCUGAUGAAUAUCAAACACGAACCGGCCGUUCCACCCGCGCCGUAUGCUCAUAGUGGGCCACCUCAUGCUGUCGGGUCAGCACCGGCUAUUGGAGACCCGAUGUUACAAUUUCAGCUUCCACCGGAACUGUUAUCGGACUGGCCAUGGCCGUUGGAUAAUUCGCAUUCUGAGGGGUUCUUGCCUUUGGCAUUUGAGUGA